AUGGGCGAGAUUAAUUUACCUCGGUUCACCUCGCCCAUGGGCGAGGUGACAUUGGAGGAAUUUGAAGUCGAGCAAGAAGAGAAGGAUGCAUAUUGGGAUGCUCUAUGUGGUUCGGUCACUCCUCCGGCCGAGGUUUUCUUUCCGAAGAGACCUACCACGGUGAUUGACCUAACCGUCCCGAGCAGGACCUCCUCUUCCUACCUUUCGACUCUCCAAGAAUUCUACAAGGUAACGAGCGGGCUCGGGAAGGACCUUAGCCCUGAUGACUUUGAAGGGCUAUGGGCGACGCGGAAGACGGGGAAUGAAUACUCGUGCUGUUUGCACCCCAAGAAACACAUGUCGAUCAUCCAGGGGCAUACUUCUAAUUCUAUGGGGGAGAGGGUUAGGCCUCGGAAGGAUAAGGGGAUUGCUUUCAGGAUUGUCUCAGAAGAUCCUCUGAUCCCUGGAUGGGAAACGGGUAAUGGAAGCGGAGCAAGUGAAGCUCCCCUUCCGAAUGACUUCUUUGACAACCUUCCUCCCGGUUUUACCACUCAAGCGUCUCUGACCGAGGCAUCGAGGAGAGAGGUGGUUGCGGAAGGCUCUCGGUUGAUUAACGAGGUUUGGUCUCUGAAUUUUUUUGAGAAAUCUUUAGAUUGUUAUUUCCUUUUUGACCUUCGAUUUGUACAUGGGACUCGAGUUCUUAACUCGGCAUUAGACGGAGGUUUCAGAGAAGCGUGCCUUUCGCAUUUCAAGGCCGAGGAGAUCGAGAGGAAGUUCAUUGAGUUCCACAAGCAGGUGGCGGAGCGAGACCGUGCACAUGCUGAAUCCCGUUAUCGUGCUCUCGUCCGUGCGGAGAGGAGAGGGAGGAGGAAGGUUGCCACCGAACUGGCAAGGAGAGCCGCCCUGUUCAACACCAAGUUCCAAGGUUUUAAGGAAGCUCAGGACGAUGUGUGCGACUUCCGCGAGUGCCGCGGUUCUGUCGCUUCCUUCUGGAAGUCGCAAGACGCCGACUUCUCCUUUCUUCCCGAGAUUGCCAUCAUGUCAGGCCUUAUGGAUGGGUAUGUUCAUGCUGAGACACGGGUGCCUCCGAUUGAGGGGAGGAUCCGACAGCUUUGGGAACCCAUUGAGGUUUAUGAGGAUACAGCGGAAGCCGGAGCUGGUGUCGGGGAUCCGGAGGGCAUCGCGGCUGAGGAAGGAGAGGUGGAUCAGCCAGUGAGCUCCUUUGGAGUCUCCAUGUCUUGUUUCCUUGACCUCUGA